AUGGAUCUGCAGAUAUCCGGUCUCUGGAGACUUGUCUUAGAAGAACGACUAUCAAUAGAAGAAGAAGCAUAUGAUGAAGACUGUAAAAAAUAUUAUCGUGUUGUAGGAAAACCAUUAAUACCAAUUUGUAGUGAUAAUAAUAUUGAAUUACCAUCAUCAAGACAAAUAAAAUUUGGUCAUACAUAUUGGAGUAGUGAAUUGAAUGAUGGUAAAGAUCGUGGUGGUAAACCAUAUUAUUGCCCUGUUGGAUGGAAAAGAUACUCGUUUUAUAUUACUGAAACACCACAAGACUUUUAUCAGAAAUUUAAAGGAUGGUGUAUAUGUUAUCACGGUAUAAAAUUUCAAUAUGGUUUAACUAUUUUAUUAAGUGGAUUAAAACCUGCAAAUCAGGCAGCACAUGGUGCUGGAGUAUAUUUUAGUCCCUGCAUUAAUUAUGCAUAUCAUCCAAGAUAUUCUGAUGUCCAACAAAUGCCAUCGGAAUAUCAAAAGGAUUUUUCCAAAUCUGGUAGAUAUUUGCAAUUUGUAUUAGAAUGCCGUGUUCAUCCAGGCAAUAUUAAAAAAAUGGCAAAGGAAACAUUAUCGGCUAACAGUACUACUGUCGAUCCUAAUAUAAAUAAUAGUGUUAUUGAAUGGGUUGUUGAUCAUGGCGGUAAACAAAUUGAAAUAUCAACAUUAGAAUCAAAUUUAUCCAAUGUCGAUGAAUGUGCGUUGAACAAGUAUUGUCGAACAAUUUUACCAAAAAUUCAUCAUUAUAUCAAAGCAAUUAAAGUUGAUGAUGAAAAUAUUGACUCUGGUUUCCCAUUAUGGUUAUAUUCUAAAAUAUAUCCGAAUCUUGAAUCACUUUUUAUAACGAAAAUUGAAAAGGAUGUACGUUGUUUCGAUAAUGUGUAUGUUCUGUUAAACAAUUUACCUUCAAUCGAAUCUGUGAAUAUUGAUAUACCGAAUAUCAAUAGACGAAGAGGGCAGGAGCCACAACAACAAAAUGACGUCCAAUUUGAUUACGAUAAAAAUAUUCCUUCGACAUUAUCAAAAUUAAAACAUUUUGUAUUCUACGCUAUGUUUACUGCUAAUUAUGAUUAUUUAGAAUUGUUAUUAUCUCAGUGUUGCUUUAAUCUAGAAUACUUAUCAUUGAAUUUAUAUAUUGAUCAAUUUGUUGAUGGUGAACGUUUAGAAAAAAAGUUAUUAUCAAAACUAACAAAAUUGAAAGUAUUUCAUUUUUGUCUUCGUAUUCCAGUUGUCGGUAACACAUUGAAUAUAGACGAUUAUAUCCAAACAUACAAAUCGUCUUAUUGGAUUAAUAAUAAUCAUUCGAUUUUAUGUUUUAAUCAACCACUGCGUAGUCGAUAUUAUUGUGUAUUUUCAUUACCCUUUAUGUUUAAUAAAUUCUGUUACGUUUCAAAUGAUCUAGUUAAUUAUCGAUCAAAUGACAACAAUGAUAUUUUGUUAUACAGUAAACGAAACAAAGCGAAACAAAUUACUUUAUAUGAUAAUACAGUUCCGUAUAGAUUAGAAUUAUUUCAGAUUAUCCAAAAAGCAUUUCCAAGAGCAACAGACCUAGUAUUUCUUACACCUCAUAUUCCUUGUUUAAGUGAUAAUUUACUGAAUAAUGAAUUCAUGAUGGAAAACAUCGUCACUCUGAUAUUGCUUUUCGAGCAAGUAAAAUUUAAACAUUUCAGACGACUAUUAUUAAUGACACCAAACAUUCAACAGUUAUACAUACUACAGAGUUUAGUAUUCGAUAUAUUGAGAAAUUCAGAAGACUCUUCUUUUGAACAAGUACAAUCCACAUGCAAUCGUAUCAGACGUGUCUAUAUUGCCAGACGCUCAUUCCAACACGAUGUUUCAAACGAUAAUGGUAUAAAACUGUUAUUUCCAAAUGCUGAACCUUCAGUAUUGCGCUAA